AUGAGGGCGGGCGCUGUGCCGCGCAAGAAGGACUUCAAGAAGGGCAUCGACGCGGACGACGCGCGCCGCAAGCGCGAGGACAACAUCAUCGAGCUGCGCAAGGCCAAGCGCGAUGAGCAGCUGCAGAAGAAGCGCGUCGUCAACGCUGGGCCUUCUUAUGCCAUGGAGGACAGCUCAGCACGCCCCAUGGGCCUGCCGCACAAGCAGCUGGACGAGCUGCCCUCUAUGGUCCAGGGCCUGUACAGCGCCAACCCCCAGGACCAGUACGAGGCGACUCAAAAGUUCAGGAAGCUUCUCUCCAUCGAGCGCAACCCCCCGAUCGACGAGGUCAUCCGGCAGGGGGUCAUCCCCCAGUUUGUGAAGUUCCUGCAGCGCAACGACAUGCCCCAGCUGCAGUUCGAGGCGGCCUGGGCGCUCACCAACGUCGUGAUCGAUGAGGGCGCGGUGACGAUCUUCGUGCAGCUGCUGCAGUCCCCCAGCGACGACGUGCGGGAGCAGGCGGUGUGGGCGCUGGGCAACAUUGCUGGCGACUCGCCGCGCUGCCGCGACCUGGUGCUCUCGCUGAACGCGCUGCCGCCGCUGCUGGAGCAGCUCAAGGACAACGGCAAGAUCAGCAUGCUGCGCAACGCCACCUGGACGCUCUCGAACUUCUGCCGUGGCAAGCCCCCGCCAAACUUCAUGAUGGGCUCAGACUGA